AUGGCAGAACUGUGUCUGUGUUUGAAACCCGCAUUGGUUGUGGUACACACGACAUGGACUCCUUCAAAUGCUGGUCAUCGAUUUGCUGGUUGUGCCAAGGGUCAAUGUCAAUAUUUCCGUUGGGUGGAUCCCCCUUUGUGUGAUCGUGCCCUGUUAAUCAUACCUGGUUUGAUUAGUAAGAUUGAUCACCUAGAAGUAAAGAAGCAAUUGGAAACUAUUAAUUUGAAGAAGAAUGAAGAGUACUUCAAAUGCAGCACAACUAUGAAGAUGCUACUUGUGACAUGGAUGCUAAUUGUCUCCUACAUCUUUUGGAACAAAGAGGCUAAAGCUAAGCGAGUUAUUCAAGUUGUUAGUAGUUCGAGCUCUGUUUCUACUGCGUUGGUGAAAUGGAAAAAGCCCGAGGAUGGAGUUCUCAAGCUAAAUGUUGAUGUAGCCGUGCGUCUGGGUGAGGCCUCAUUCUCGUUAGGCUUGGUUCUCCGUGACAGUGCGGGAGCUUUUGUGAUAAGUAAAACGAUUUGUAAAGCAAUGGUGGCUACUGUCAUUGAAGCCGAAGCAAGUGUUAUCCUUGAAGGUCUCAAGUGGCUGUUAACAUUGAAUCAUGAGAUGCUAAUAAUUGAAUCAGAGUCUCUUCUUGCUGUUAGAGCUUUGCAAGACCCUCAGGAAAAUCUCUUAGAAGUUGGCCAUAUUUUGAUUGUCUGCAAGCUUAUUUUAUAUUCGAACUCAGAUUAUUCAGUUUUCUUUGUUAAAAGACAAGUGAGUGGGAUAACUCAUCUUGUAGCUAAAUUACGUGUUCUCUAA